CCGGGGCUGAUGGCGAUGCCUAGCAUCGGGGCCCUAAGACUCAAAGGGGCCCCAUCAUACUCGUAACCUGGAAGCCGGGAGGGUGUUUUUAAUGCUAAAGAAUUAAAUCAAUUCUGUGAUCAUUUAAAAGUUUUACCAUAGUUAAUUUUGAUACCGAUGAAAUUAUAAUAAUCAAUAAUUAAUACGUAAGGACACAGUGUGGUAAGGUGCAGACCGUGCAGUCCGCAACACUAUAAACACUAUAAUAUGUAUUAUUUUUAUCGAAAUUACGACGACGCGCGACGUCGAUCCCCGAUAAGAAUAAUAAAACCAUUGUUGCUUUUAGCUUUAUAUAUUAUUAUGAUUUAUGACCCAUGCGGGCUCUGGGCGGACUAUACCAACGUGUUAAAAUAUAUAGUAUUAUCAAAAACUGUUUUCUAUAUAAUUGUGUAAUAUAGUAAAUAAUAAUAUGACAAUUUAUAAAUGAAACGUCUAUCGGUCUAUCGCGUAUGGUCUAUGUCUCUAUGAUACUGUUGACAAUAUAUAAAUAUACCGUUUUUCUUAGGGGCUACGGUCCUAUGAAGUUAUUUUUAAAUUCCAUGUAAAAUGAAUUAGUAUAAUAUAUGAUAUACAUUGAUUACGUCUGUUAUAAACGUGAACUGUGAAGUACCGAUAUUAUAGUCAUUGUGCAAUAUCUGCCUUACGUUGUAAACCGUCGACACACAGUAUCUCGUAUGUUAUAAUUUAAAUUUUUUUAAUUAAUUAAAUUAAAUAUUAAUAUUAUGCCACCAAAAAGUGGUUGUCAAAAAAGAAAAGAAAGAGCUCAAAAAGAUGCCGAGUUGAAAAAAUUACGAGGAUCUUUUGACAGAUUUCUACCCAACAAAAACGUAACUUCUUCAAGUGUGUUGAUUGCAUUGAAAAAUGGUGUCCAAGAAAAUGUUGGUGACAUUUUACAAACUGAAAAUAGUGAAAAUGCUAUUGGUCAUUUGUGUAAUUCAGAUGAUUCAGCUUGUCCAGCUGAAAAAGUAAUCGACAACAGCACAAUUCUUGUUAAAUCUACUGCAACUUCUGCGAGUGAGAUAACUGCGUUGGAAAGUAGUGUUCAAGAAAAUAUAAAUGAAAUUGUACAAACUGAAAAUACUAUUGGUCAUUUGUGUAAUUCAAAUGAUUCAGCUUGUCCAGAAUUUAAUUUAAAAAAUGAUUACCCAACUGAUCGAUACCAUUUUGAUGAGAAUAUCAAAGACAGUAAUCUAAAGAGACUUAUCUUAGCAUAUGGUUCUUGCCGACCAACAAUUCAAUUUCCAUAUACUGAACAUGAAAAUGGCAAAUCAUAUCGUUUUUCUAAACACUAUUAUUUUAUGAAAUUGAAAUCUGGAUUAAGUGUCCCAAGGAAAUGGCUGUGUUAUUCAGUAGGUUUAGAUGUAGUGUAUUGUGAGACAUGUUGGCUAUUUGCGAAUCGUGGUUAUUCAUAUUUUAAUCCAUCCUGGGUUAAUGGAGUUAAUAACUGGCAUUGUCUCUCAGCUAAGAUAGAUUUACAUGAAAAAUCAAUACAACAUAUUGAUGCUAUUAAAUUACGUUGUAUUUGGGAAAAAAAUGAGACUAUUGAUAAAUUAACUGAGCAACAAUACUCAAAUGAAGCAGCUUAUUGGAGAAAUGUUCUUAAAAGAAUCAUAAAAAUUAUUCUCUUUUUAACAUCUGGCAACACAGCAUUAAGAGGACAUGAACAUAAAGGCAAAUUUAAUGAACAUGAAUAUAUAAAUGAAGGUAUAUAAUCAUUAAAU